UGGGAAGUUACUAUGCAGCUUGGACUAUUUAUAGUGGUGGUUUUUCUAAACUCAGUGGAUCUCACAGGCAGUGGCAGCAAAGCACUGAAAGGCAAGAGGCAAAGGCGAAUCAGCACAGAGAUGAGCCAGGGGUGUGCCAAAGGAUGUGAGCUGUGUUCUGAAUUCAAUGGGUGCCUCAAGUGUUCACCGAAACUCUUCAUCCUUCUGGAGAGGAAUGACAUCCGGCAGAUUGGAAUUUGCCUGCCCUCUUGUCCCCUGGGCUACUUUGAUGUGCGCAACCCAGACAUGAACAAAUGCAUCAAAUGCAAAAUUGAGAACUGUGAGGAUUGUUUCAGCAGAAACUUUUGCACAAAGUGUAAAGAAGGCUCGUUCUUGCACAAAGGGAGGUGUUACACAGCCUGUCCCGAAGGCUCCUCUGCUGCCAACGGCACUAUAGAAUGCAGCGGUCCUGCACAAUGUGAAAUGAGCGAGUGGGGUCCAUGGGGCCCUUGCUCUAAGAAGAGGAAACGAUGUGGCUUCAGGAGGGGCAACGAGGAGCGUUCCCGCAAGAUCCUCCAGGCCCCCGCUGGCGACGUUUCCUUGUGUCCAGCCACCACAGAGCUCCGGAGAUGCACGGUCCAGAGGACCCCGUGCCCAGAAGGACAGAAAAAGAAAAAAGAAGACCAAGGCAGACGAGACAACACGAACGAGAACAGAAACCGAAAAGAUGGCAAAGACAGCAGGUCCGGCAGUAAGAGGAGAAAAGGCCAACUAAGGGGAACGGCUGUGCCUGUGACUUCUGCCCAGUAG